AUGUUUUGUUAUUUUUAUCUCCUCGCGUCACCUGACUCGCUGCACUCGGUCGUGAUGAUGCGUCUCCCGACUCCACAGUCCGCUCCACAGCCCGGAGCACAGUCCAGUCGCAGCAGCAGCAGUAGGAGCGGCGGUGGCAUGGAGUGCGGCGUGGCGGCACCGGGAGGGUUCUCACGGCCGCACCCUCCGCACCCCCCGCACCCUUCGCACCCUCAACACCCGGCGCUGUCUCCCACCGAACGAUCGCCGGCUAAAGCUGGACUUCACGUUAACUUUAGUGACAAGGGCGAGGUGAAGGAGCGGCGGGAGAAGUUUUUAACGGCGAAAUAUGGAAGCCACCAGAUGGCCCUCAUACGUAAGAGACUAGCUGUUGAGAUGUGGCUUUACGACGAGCUGCAGAAGCUGUACGAGGUCCCGAGCGAGGCGGCGGCGGGAGCGGGAGCGGCGGCGGGAGCGAGCACGGAGGUGGAGGUUGACAUCGACGAGCUGCUGGACAUGGACAGCGACGACCUGCGCCGCAGACAUCUGACGACGUUACUGGCCGAAGCUAAGAAACCUCAAAAAGAUGUUCAUGUAAGGGUUCCUCUAGUACUGUUGUGUAUUCACUGUGAACUCGCCCGAGCAGAAUGA